AUGGUGCGGGAGCGACUGAAUGCCAUCGACGUGGCGGCCGUUGUAGGCAACCUCCAAAAGGAGAUACUACACUACAACCUCGUCAACAUCUACGAUGUGACGAGCCGCGUAUACGUGCUCAAGUUCUCAAAGAACGAGGACAAGAAGUUUGUGCUGUUCGAAAUCGGCCAUCGCAUUCACACGACUCAAUUCCUGAGGAACACUGACCACCUCCCGUCUAAUUUCAACGUCAAGCUGAGGAAACACCUCCGGACGAGGAAGCUCAGGGGGAUCGAACAAAUUGCGCAGGACAGAGUUGUGGACUUCACAUUCAGCUCAGAUGAAUAUGCAUACCAUCUUAUCGUACAAUUUUUCCUACCUGGAAACGUAUACUUAACCGAUUACGCGUACAAGGUUCUGGCCGUCCUUCGCCCGCAGAAUGCGGGAGAGGCAUUUUUCAAAGUAGGGCAGACGUACGAAAUUCCGGAGGCGAGUGUACCUUGGGGCGUACCCGUCUCACGGGAUGUUGUAAAUGAGGCGUUACGCAUGCUCACAACGGCUGCCAACAAUGUGGCAGCUGGUUCUGGUGGACCUGAUUCCCUCGACAGCAGAAAUGUAGACACGGGGAACCACGGCGCAUCAAAGGGUGCAAAAGGGAAUCCGAAGGGUAAAUCGCAGACAGGAAGCAAAGAAUCUAAGGCGGAACCGGAGGAAAUCGCGAAUGAAGUCAAGGAUCAAGACAGCCUGCACGCGCUUCUAAAGGCAAUAUUUCCCAGCGUUCACGUGUCGCUGAUGGAUCAUGUACUAAAAACUACAACAGGUGAUGCGCGUGUGGGAUCUCGAAACGUAACAGAGAUAGACCCUGAAAAGCUGCAUGAAUGUGUGGAAGCUAUUCGGCAGGCAGUCCUUUCAGUGGCACAAGCGAGCACUGUUGUGCCGGGGUACCUCUACAAAGGAGGUCAAGAGUACCAUGACUUCAGCCCAUUUGACUUCGGUAACGCUUCCGACAGGUUUGACGAUUUUAAUCAUGCGCUGGAUGCAUAUUUCACAAAUUUUGAAGUCAAGAAAAUAGAAAAAGAAGCGCAGCCGAAGAAACCCAUCAAAUUGAAGAAAAUUAAGGAUGAUCAGGACCGGCGCGAGUUGAAACGGCAGAAAGGAAUUGAAAAAUUAACAAGUGACAUUGAAUUGGUUGAAAGCAAUCGCGUCGUUUUCGACCAAGUACUCUCUCUUAUAAGAUCCUUGGUAGCUUCCGGUGCUUCGUGGAGAGAAAUAGUCGACCAACUGUCGCUUCAGCGCGAGCGUGGGCACAUGCUGGCCAGACAUAUCCGAUCGGUCAACAUUCCGGAGCGCCGGGUGGACGUCUGUCUACCUUCCGACGAUCCCAAUUUCUAUGGGAGCGGGCCAUCGCAGCACGGCAAAUUGGGCAAAAAGAGUGUAAAGAGUACCUUGGAAACAACAGACUUGGACGACAGAUCUAGUGCCACAUUGGAUUAUGGCCUUACCUGCUUCCAGAACCUGGAGACCCUGUAUGCGAACAAGAAACAACUCACCGAAAAGUUGGAGCGCACGCGGAUUGGUCGUGAAUUUGCGCUGAAGCGCGUCGACGACCAAAAGGAAAAGGAAAAACAAAAGAAGUCGGGCAAGUCAGUGUCACUCGUCAAGGUCCGCAAGCGAAUGUGGUUCGAGAAGUUUCACUGGUUUGUCACGAGUGACGGGUUCUUGGUUCUGGGCGGUCGCGAUUCGACGCAGAACGAGCUGCUGGUAAAGCGUUACCUUACCAAAGGUGACAUGUACUUCCACGCCGACGUUCAUGGUGGUUCAAGUUGUAUUCUAAAGAACCCCAAUGGAACCGCUGAAGCAUUCCCAAAUUCCAUUGAGGAGGCAGCAUGUUUCGCCAUCUGUUUAAGUUCUGCGUGGACGCAGAAGAUGGUGGUUCCUGCAUGGUGGGUGCACCACCAUCAGGUUUCGCGCUCGGCACCCACAGGAGAGUACCUACCACACGGUAGCUUUAUGAUACGUGGUAAAAAGAACUACGUACAACCGCAGCGGCUGGAGAUGGCAAUCGGUGUGAUGUUCCAUAUCGAUGCACCGCAGUUGCAAGGUCUAGACAUAGAGCAACAGUCAGACUCCGAAGGCGAGGAAGAUGACGUCAGCGAUGAUUUCGGGACAGCCGACACUCCUGUUCCCAAUGAUGGAGUACGUCGUGUUAAACGUCAAGGCACUUCCGGUCUGCCCUUAUACGGUAAUAGGGGGGAAGCGGGCGAUAGUGUCACAUCAAUGGAAGACGGAGAUAGCGUUACUGCCAGUGCUGACCCAAAUGGUGAUGCGGUGAGUAGCGAUCAUGCCCAUUCGUCUGAGAAGGACCUCGGUGACAGUGAUGAUGGUGCCGAGUCUGUGGAUAGCGGCGAAUCAGAGAACAGUGAUGUUACGGAUGAUAUUCAGGAGUCUGACGAUAGUGAUUCGUCAUCCGAUUUCACAGAUGAAUCAGAUUUGGAGGAUGACUCCGAUCUUUCCCCGGAGAAAUCGAUGGAGAACGAUUAUACAACAAAUCACGAAACUAAAGUCGAUGGUAGCGUUUCAGGGAGCACUGAAGCACUCACAAAUGAAAAGCCACUGGAUGUAACUUAUGGAACUGAGGUGGGCCAAGCAGAGCCUCUAAACAAGUCCGUUUGUUUCUCUGUUGACGAAGCAGCGCCAAGCAAACCAAAACGAUCCGUUAGAUUUGACUUGUCAAACAUCAUUUCACCGGCAAGUGAUGUUAGAGACGUUCCACCCGCGCAACGUUUGCUGAGAAAGGGUACUGGGUAUCCUUGCCAAGGAUUUAACCCUGAUGAACUAGUGGACAAGUUGUCUCAAUUGGGAUUGGUAGAUUCCGACCAAUCCUAUGAGCUCCCCUCGUCCGUGCGAUUUGCGGAGCCCGAGAAAGUGGAGCACACUCCUGAAGCCUUACAGUAUCUAAGGCAGCGGAUGCCCACCGGAAUAGUCGGGAAAUCGAAGAAGCAGGGAGGACCGUCCAAACUGGCAGGCAUCAAGGCAGCCCGCGCAAGGAAGAAGUACGGAGAAGACGACGAAGAAACGCAAGAACUGCGGCGCAAACUCACUGGCUCAAAGAUGUUGAAACACGUGGAACAACAAGCUGCUGCCAUGGCAAGCAAUGAUCGAUCGGACGAGAACAAGAACCGGACCGUUUACCAGCGAAGGGAAAUAAAGCCUCUAGACAAAAAAGAGUUAUCUUCCCACAUGGAUCAGCUACGCAUGCUAUCGAAGGAGCCGAGCCCCUCCGAUGUCAUCGUCAGCGCCGUUCCGAUGUGUGCCCCUUACAACGCACUGAAGACACAUCCAUACCACCUCAAGCUCGUGCCCGGCAACAUCAAGAAGGGAGCCAUCGCAUCGCAGGCUCUACAACAUUUCCUCAAGGUAGACGACACCAAGGCUCCUUACGUUAAACUGAUCACCACGGAUCAAUUUGCGCUCACGCUCAUCGAGAACUGCAAGAUACCUGGAAACGCCGCUGGCCCAAAGCGGCCUUCUACCGCAGCUAAAUAG